ACGCAUUUACUGUGUAGAAAAAUAGACAAACACAACAAAACAACCUAAAAACAAACACAAAAUGCUCAAAAAUAAUGACAAAUUAAUAAGAUACACCGGUUAUUACAAAAGUCCAGACGGAAUAGAAAAUUUCAAAAUUAGAAUCCGUCUAACAGAAGCAAUCGAGGCAAAUGAAAUUGAUGAAGAAGACGGAGAAAAGUGGCACGUUAAAGAGUUCGCCUGGCAGGAGAAAUGCUUCAAUAAAAUGGAAAUUCAAUAUUUCUCGGAUAUCGCGAAUUGCGCCACGGAUCUGGAAAAGCGAUACCACCAGCAAAUUACCCACGGCGAAUGCACCAACGAUUCCAUAUUUUUCACGUGCGUCGAUGGAGAUUAUAAUGGCGUUACCGAUACACCCGUGAAUGAGAGUCGUACGAUAUUGGAGAAAUUAAUGGAAGAUUUCCAUUUGACUGAAGAAUGCGAUACUAAAUACACAGAAUACGACCUGGAAAAGUCUUUAACGAACGCCGUACAAAACAAAAUAAUACCAAACAACGUUGAAAAAAUGUUCAUAAUCGCAGAUUUGGGCGAGUACUCGGAGGAGACGUGGAUAAAAAAUGAAAUUGUGUUAUGCGCCAUUCGGUACGAUAGAAUAUCGAAAACUGUAUCGGUUUUUCCCGAUUUCACGACCACCAAACCUUAUACACUCACCAUUUUCGGUCAGAAAUUGAGGCGAAUUCGCUACUUCCUGGAGCAUGCCUCGGCUGAUAUACCGGACACUGAGGCUUUCAAAGAAAAUGAAAUUUUUAGAAAAGUAUCGGAAAAGAAGAUUUCUUUGACUAGGGAGAUAAUAGGAGACAGUUUCUUCUUGCCGCCGAAAAAUCGAUUGUACGUUUACCUGUUCUUCGACAUACUGGCUUCCAAAGGCUUCGAAUACAAGGAUUUGUUCCUGCAAUAUUUCAUCGACCUUCCGGAGCAUUGGUAUUGCGAUAACCCGGCAAACUUGGCCGGCGUUACGUCCAUUUGCCACCGCAAAAACGAAGAAAAUAUUGCCUUCUACGGCCACAACUUCGAUGUAACCUUAGAGUACGACAUACAAUCGCUCGAAACAACAAGCGUUCCGAAGAGCCCUUGCAUUUACUUCCAAGUGGUCUCGAAAUCGCCUUGGAAUCUCUACAGAACCGAAGGCAUGACCUACCAAUUCUUACCCGUAUCCACACCUGGAUGCCACAGGUUCAAUUCGAAUUGCUUUCGAUUCGAUUACAGCAAUUGCUUCGGGAAAUUGCGGAGGUACUUCAUAGGCGAUGCCUAUAAUUACAAGGACGUGAGAUGGAUCGGUUUACCAGCGGACCUGUGCGAUACGGGUACUUUCAAUAAAUUCGGGGUCAAUACGAUGGGAACCGGGGAAAUAGAGUUUAGGGUGAACGUCGUGCACCAAUCGCAGGCCUUUAUGAGGGAAUUCCGCGACGGUGACGUUCAAACUAAGUUCGUUUACGAGAAACUGAACUCGUCCAAUUUGAUUCGCAGCGUCAAUCAGGUUUUGAUGGCGUUCAAGAAGGCCAGGAGGAAAAUGUAUGAAGUCAAGAAGCACGUGUGAUAUAA